UAGGCGCCGCCAUCUUGGGCCACUGGGUCUCUGGACUGGUCGCUGGCUGCCCGAGGUGGGUAGAAAGUGGGCUGCUGCUGCUGCUCGCGCUCCGCUGCGGGCCCACGAUGCCGCAGUACCAGACCUGGGAAGAGUUCAGCCGCGCGGCCGAGAAACUCUAUCUCGCUGACCCUAUGAAGGCACGUGUGGUUCUCAAAUAUAGGCAUUCUGAUGGGAGUUUGUGUAUUAAAGUAACAGAUGAUUUAGUUUGUUUGGUGUAUAGAACAGACCAAGCCCAAGACGUAAAGAAGAUUGAGAAAUUCCACAGUCAGCUGAUGCGACUUAUGGUAGCCAAGGAGUCUCGCAGUGUUGCCAUGGAAACAGACUGAAUGGUUUGGAAGGAAGAUCUCCCCUUCUUUGGAAGUAAAUGUCUUUUGACUUUGACAAAGUGUUGGGAGAGAAAAUAUUUUACGUAACUAAGUGGGCUCUUCAGAAAUGGGGGGUCAAUUUUUGUACUUUUUUUGUAAUGUUUGCUUUCGAGAGCUAGGACUGUAAACGCCUUCAGGUCAAGAGGCUUUAUUUAUUUUUGGAAAUUGGACAAGAAAUGCACCUGUGUUGGAAGCUUUUUGCAGAUUGAUGUUGGGAGAGAUGCGUGAUUAUUCCAUGGUUGAGUUUGUGUCAGUAACUUGAAAGUGAGCUAUCAAUAAAAGCCAAUUCUUCCUUAAAUUCAGUGAAUCUGUCUUUAAAAGAAAAUGAACUCUACACAUUCUGCUGGAUUGCUAGGUUUCUUUCGGAGCAGAAACCUUGUGCCGCCAAGGACCCACAACCGUCAAGUACGGGGACUGGACUCCCCUGCACCGCAGCCGUCCAUGUGUGUAGAGGUGUGUCCGCUGCGUCUGCAAGUAGUCAUGGAAACAAUGUGCUUGGCCUAGAAGGCUCCACAUUUAACCUGUAUUUUGUAACAUAUGAGAUUUGUAGUAUCAGUCGCUUGUUGAGCAGAUGCUUGCUUUGACUCUGGCUCUCGGUGCCCGAAGACAACUGUGGUUACUUCAUGUGCGUGGUCUCUGAUGAUGAGACCACAGUGUUCCAGAAGUAUUUGCCACACGUUUCCCAUCUGCGUUUUCUCAGAAGGGCUCACGGUGAUUUGACCUGUGAAGUCUGCAGGUGUCUGCCUCCACCAUCCGUCUCUCCCUUAACCAAGAGGUUAAGCGUGACUGUCACGAUGUUAUGUUUUCCAUUAAACCAGGAGUGUAAUGUUCGUUGGUAAUUAUCGUGCAAUUGUAACUUGAGUUUCACCGCCUAAAUGUUCACUUGUUGCUUCCUACAUUAAAAUAUUUUUUGUCAGGAAUUUGUCAUUAGCUACAUGACUUUUUUUGUGUUUCUGAGAAGUGUGUAAAAUACUAUAUGGAUAUAUGUUGUUUCUCUUGAAGUUUUUAACUUUUCAAGAAUUACUGGUUCUCAACUGGAAUAUGCUAUAUUCAUUUAGUCUAAAAUAAGCCCAGUGAUACUACAGGUCAUUUUUUUGUCUGUCAGUACCUUUUAUUACACGACUUUCUGUGAAGAUGUCUGUUGAUGGCAAGGUUGUUUUCUUGGUUAAGAAAAGUAACAUCAACUAGUAAAGGAUAUUUUGGGUUUGGAGGUCCCUACCACCCAGGUAUACUGGGAUCCCUGGAGAAUUUUUGGAUCUUUUCUUUCUCAUUUAUACCUUCCACUUCUUAACACUACUUCAUAAAAAUCACCUGGAAGGGAGGGACUGGCGUUCAGGGUCCCGAGGUCCCCGUAGCUCAGAGCAGAGGGCACAUGCAUGGCAGCCUCUGCCUGGUUUGCAGUCGUGGCUCCGCUACUUGAGAACCCUGGUGGCAGACAGGAGACUUCGGAAACUGGGCACGACGGGCGCUGCACAGUGUCACCUCUUUCGAACGCGCGUUACAGUGCCCGGAGCGUCAGAAAGCUCGAUAAAUGGCAGGAGCCGUUAGGAGGAGGAACAUUUUCCAGGGAAAGGGUAUAGCCAGCCCUUAGUUUCAUUUCAUAACUUUAAUUGCAGGAUUGUUUACAGGUAGUGGCUGCCUUUUCUGCUGAGAGCUGUGUCUUAUUAAACGUCAUUUCUGGCAGUUGGGGCGCAAGACAAGACACUCGCCCAGAGCAUGUUCUGUGGGGAAAAACUGAAAUCCUCGAAUCUCAAACUUGUGUAGGUCUCUGCACAAAAUAAAGUCAUUAAGAGAAUCAA